AUGUAUACGAAAAUGCUGCCGACUCGCAGGUUGGUGGCACUUGUUGCUGCCACCUUCACCUUGGUUGUGCUGACGUCCACUGCUGCACUGGAACUGAGAACUCCCGAUUUGGAAGCUUUUGCUAACUAUGAUGACAUGCGUCGUUACAUUGCUUCACGCAAUCAGCGCUCCAUGCGUUACAUAGAUAAUCCAACAGAAGACACUUACCUUAAAGCCUAUAAUGACCAUCAUGAAUUCAAUUCACGCCAACGUCUACGACGGGCGACGAAAGCUGAGCAAGCACGGAAAUUGCCCACUGAGCCACAGCUGGUGAAAUUUGAAAUUAGCGAUGCGCUUGAGCCCAGUCCCGAGGUAAAGGAACUCAUACGGCAGCAUCGCAGUCGAGAGGAAAAGCCAACAACUGCGACAAGUACAACCAAUGCGGAUGAGAAAAAUACGACAACUUCGACAAAAGAGUCACUGAAAGCGAGAACUAAGGUAACCACAGCAGCUCCGAAACGUUCUUCACGAGGUGCACGUGCAAGGAUUACGCCCAACAAACGUGCGAAACGCGCAGCACCUAAUACACCAGCAAAUCGCCAGUCAUUCAAUUUUCAAGUAAAACUAAUACCUUUCGAUAUUUCCGAGGCACGUGAGCCCGAUGAGCAAACGAAGGCACUGAUAAGACGCAUGCGUAAUCUAGAGCUACAAAAGUUAAGUAACAAUGCCGCUGUCAGCACUGUAGCACCAACAGUGAUACGUGUGCAUCGGAAUGCGCCCGCAACAGGUAUUGUAACCGCGCCGCUGCCAACCUUUAAUCCGGGAAAAUACUAUCGGCCAAAAACUGGCAAGCUCUUCAUGAAGCGUAAGGGCAAACGCGUCAAGCGCUCGGCUCCGCAGAUGAUACGCUUCGAGUUAGAGGAUGCGCGUGAGCCGAACGGAGCUAUAUUCGAACAAUUACGUUUGGUUAGACAAAGUCGCAAAGAUGCUAAAGCUAAGGAUCAACAAAACACUAACGAAGGGAGUUAUGCUGUUAUUAAUAAGCGAGAAGCCCGUAUGGAUACAAAGAAAGCCCAGCCCGCUGAGCUGCCUGUUAAGGAGGACGUUGACGAAGGCGACAAUGAUCAGAGCAAUGGCGAGAGCAAGCGCACAUUUGUCUAUAAGGAAGCACCCAUCGUGAAGGCAAAAAAGUCUAUUAGUUCGUUGCCCGUGGAGGUGCAAAAGAUCAUCACACAUCUGAUGAAAGAUCAUGGCGCUGGUGGUGGUGGUGCCGUUGGUGGUGGCAAAGCUUAUGUGAAAUACAUACCAGCACAUAUGGUCGACUAUCGUCAAUUGAAAUCGCUUUAUGGUGCGAAGCUCGCCUUACCGCCGACCUACAGCCUUGGUAGUGGUGGCAGUAAACUAUCCCCCGCAUCCUAUAUAAAAUACAUACCACCACAUCAGAAGGGUGAACAAUUACAGGUGCAAAUCCACCCAGUGCCGGUUGUUGAAAAGAUCCGUUACAUAUAUACGCCUGUCGCCGCCGCACCGGUCAAUCAUGGUUAUGAUGCUAACGCACAUGCAGCGGUGACUGCAGAGGAACAAGCGGCAGCACGCGCUGCUGCUACUCACGCGGUACAGGCGGCCUAUGCUGGUCAAAAUGUACAUGCAGUGGCCGAAGCUCAAGCUGCUCAGGCAGCUCAUGCCGCCCAUGCAGCUCAAGCUCAACAUGGCGUGGGAGUCGCACACAUCGCUGAAAACUACGGAGCUAAAGCUAGUGCAGAGGAGGGAGGCGCCGAAGAUGGCGAACAAGAAGGCGGUGGUGUCGCACAUCCCAUUGUAGUACAGGAAAAUGCCGGCGCUGGUCAUCAAGGGCUUCAAGCAGCACCGGUCGCAGUACACCACACUUAUGCAGCCGAUGUGUCGCAUGCAUUGCAGGAAGAAGUACCCGCGACGGUCGCUAUCAAAGCUAUACACUUUCGACCCUCGAAGCCCGAUCCUCUACUUAACGAGAAUAAACUGACAGAAGCCGCUGUUGGCGAAGCAGGCGGAUAUGGUGAUAGUCAUGUUAGCUAUGGCGGCGUUCAUGGUGGCAACGGAGGUGGUGAACAACAAAUUAUAGCGGUAUAUGCAGCUGCUCACGCAGGCGGUGGACAAACAGCUGGCGGUCAUGCCGAAGUGGCCCCUCAAUACGUCGAAAACUAUAAAUAUGAAGUAGGUCAAGCGGCAGCACAGCCACAGAAAGAAGCCGAAGUACCGCUGGUAAAAAUCGAGUAUCAUGGUCCGGCGGAUGAUAUUAAACAGAAUUUCAAAGAGCUGCCCGAAUUCAAGCAACUCUCCACAUUAGUCGGCAAGUCAACCGAAGAUCAAAUCCAUGGUCUAACCUAUCUCUUGGCCAAAGAGAUGCAGAACAAACUGAAGUUGCAGCGUAAAAAGCUAUACAUUGCAGCUGGUCCCGGUGCACACACCAAUACCGCACCCAUAGUUUUCCCGCACGAACAGCAACAAGUAGGCGAACUGAAGCAACAACAAGUACAAGCUAAUGCUGGCGGUAUUCAUGGACGUCUAAUCGGUAUGGCCAAGUCCAAAGAAUAUAUACCAAUUGUGGAACACGGUCCUGUGGCCGAACAAAAAGCAGCUUCUGGCGCUGGUGGUGGUGCUGAAGGUGGCGGCCAUGGUCCGGUGCAGCAUAUUGCCAUUCCUGCACCGAAGCAAUACGUAGCCAUUAAAGUCGAACCAAAAGCCCCACUGCCGAACUCAUUUGUAGAGUAUGGGCUCUCGCCAAAUUAUCAGGGCAUCAAAGGCGCUGAAGCUGGCGCAGGUGCUGAGGCUGGGCAGAAAACCAAGUUAUUAGUGGAACAAGUAAUACAUCAUCCGAGAUUGCAGUAUAAAGGUAGCGCUGGAGCUGAGCAUGCGAAGGCAAUUGUGGCUGAAGCUAAGCAACAUGGCAACGGUGCAUCUAGUGAGCAGAGCCUGAGCUAUGGUGAUGAGCUGCAAUACGCCGCAAAGUAUGCAUUCGGCUAUCGCAUACGUGAUUUUAAUACCGGCAAUGAUUUUGGCCACAAACAGAAUCGUGAUUUGGAUGGUGUGACGCGCGGUCAAUAUCACAUUUUAUUGCCGGACGGACGCAUACAGAAUGUCAUUUAUCAUGCAGACGAUACGGGAUUCCAUGCGGAUGUCAGCUUCGAGACGGGACACUGAGUCGGCUGCGCGCCAAACGCCCAACAGUCACACACGCACACACACACACAUACAAACAAACAAGCAAGCAACCCAGUCAAUUUAAGCCAAUUUCAGCACUAUGAAAGCCAAAAAUAUAGGGUGUGAAGUUAGAGCGCGGCGAUGCGGUGUCGAGCAAUCGGAAUACGUAUAAAAGUUGGUAAACAAAAAAGCAGCGAUUUUCCAAAGAAAAAAUCAGAAUUUGGUUGCAGUGGUGUCAACAACGCCAGCUGCAACAACAAGCACAACAACAGCACACAGUGGCCACAAAAACGGCGCCACAACAUUCACUGAUUGGCAUCGCGGUUUCACGGCUCAAUUCGAUUGCGUUUGCGUGUCGGCCAGCUACAACAACACGUAUGUAUGUGUGUGUGUGUGGCUUAUUAUUUACUUUUUCUUGCAGCCACAUAAUAUUAUUGCAAUUCAGCCGGGUGCCAACAAUGCAAUAAUUUGGCAUCGAUACUUAGUGCUAAUAUUAGUGUUUUGUUUAAAGGCGCUCAGUCAUUGAUUUUGAACAAAAUUUCGAUUCUGCUGUUUUUAUUGUUUUUGUUUAAUAUUAUUGUUAUAUGUAGCUGGAAAAGAAUUAUAUUUAUAGUACAUGUUUAUUAGAGGGGGUCGAUUUACAGGAAGCAGGAACAGGAAAAUUGAGUAGGUGAGAAAUAUUCUAAUGUUCAUUGGGAACAAAUUUGCCUAAGAGACUACGGGGCUAAAGCUGCUUUCGAGUCAGCGAUUUUUAAGACGAGCUUUUUAGGGAUUAUACAAAUUUGUUCGUCAGUUUUUGAGAUAUCCGAAUGAAAUUAAGUACGCAGGUGCAUUUUGAUAUUCUAUUGAUCAUUUGUACAAAUCGGCCAGAUCGCACAACUAUAUCACAUAUCACCCGUACAACUGAUUAUUCAGAUUUUUUACACUUCACCUUAAAAAUUUGUGGGUCGAGACCGGUUUUAGACCCAGAGUUUCUUAGGCAAAAUUGUUCAGAAUGGUCCGUACACCUUUUCCUGAAUACGCGAUUUUAUAGAAAAAAUCGACCCGCUCUAAAGUGUAAAUUUGCGUAAUUUAAGUAUUUUUUUUAAUUUGAUUUAAUUGUUAUGAAAUUUGCAGAGAAUAAAAUUUUU